AUGCGGCGAUCACAGAGACAAAUAAAAUUUCAAUCAAACAAAACUGAACAUCAUGCAUGCGUAUUUAAUUGCAGUGAAUACUACACAACAAACAAACAAAAGAAUCAUUCGAAUGAACCCACGUCUCAUGAAGUGAAGAGUCUUCUGAAGUGUAAAUUGAAACGAAAAUCGCUUGAGUGA